UCAGCCUAUCUAGCAUAUAAGAUCAAGUGAUGCAACUCCGGACCUCCCAUUUGACACAAACGCAUAUGUGAUUAUGACUGAAAAAGAAACCAAAAGUAGAUUCAGGGGAAGCAGGAAGUCUAUUUAUAGUUACUUGGUCACCAAAAUACAUUUACCUUUUCCGAGAAUCUAACAAUUAGAUAUAUAUUAUAGCAAUUCUUCGAAAGGCCAACUACAACAUGAUGGUGACCACGGACAUUGUUUCUGAAUUCGACUGAUGGAUUAAAUCUGUCGAGAAGCUUCAUUUUUCUGUUGUAACGCCACCAAGAACUGCGGAGGAAACGGAGAAAUAUGCUGAAUUGUGCUUUUAAAUUUCAUUGAGAAUUUAUAAAUUCAGACUGUCAGUUGUGCGCAGGUGUGCAACCUUAUAACAAUAUUAAGGAAGUUUCAUCCAGCCAGAAACACAGACUUUAUCAAGAUUGAGAUACAGGUAUGAAAUUGAACAGCACUUUGAAAAUAUCUCCAGGACAAGAAACAGACAUGAUGAUCCACUAAGUCCCGAUUUUACCAAAACCUUGCUGCAUUCUGGAAAAUACAGAUGUCUGGAUCUGGCCAUACUUUACUGCUGGGAAGUGCCAGUGGUACAACUUUAGACAGUGGUACAACUUUAGGCAGUGGUACAACUUUAGGUACAACUUUAGACAGUGGUCAGAUGGGGUGUUUGCUGUCAAGAAAUUCUUCAUGUGAAGUCCCAGAUGUGUCGGAACAGCCAAUUCUGGUAACAGUUCAUUUGCAUGGAGGAUUCUCCGAAUGUCUCCGGAUGGAAGACACAACCAGGUCUGUUGAGGAAAUUAUUAGAAAAUUGCUUAGCAUUCACUAUCCCACUGUUGGACCAGCGGCCAUUCAUUUGUUUGGAUUUGCUUUGCUGGACAUGAGAAAAAAUGACCGCUUCAUCUGGAAAAGUCCAAGGUGCUUGAUGAAAGACCUACAAGGGCAAAUGAAAAACAAUGCAAAUUUGAAGUUGUAUGUGCGUGUAAGGUUUGUGCCAGCUAAAGACAGACUGUCAAAGUUGAAAGUUUUUGGAAAUGAUGUGAUAAAAUAUUUGUACCAUCAGUUAAGAGAGGAUCUUCUCAGCGAACGAAUCAGGCACAUUUAUGGGUCACGGAAUCAACUGACCUCAGCAAAAUGUCGGGGGUUGGCAGUGUUGAACCUAUUGAUCGACAGCCGUCUCAAGAAAAAACCUGUUGAAAUUAUUUUGGAACAGCACAAACUGAAGGACUUCCUACCUCCGAGUGAAUGUGUGGCAUUUUUGAAAAAGAUGAAACUAGAAAAAAAUAUGAAAGAUCAUGUAAGGAAAUUUGACCAAAGUCAUCCUGAGAAUAGUACAGACAUAGAGGAACUGAUGACUGGGUAUAUACGCGACAUCCUCAAGGAAAUACUCGACUAUAGUGUCGAACAGUAUGACGCUAAGGUCCUGGACAUGACUCAAAACAAACGUGUUCCAAAAAGAAUUCUUGUGGACAUUCAUCACAAUCCUUCGGGGGUUUUCAUUGAUGGUAUGCCAUUUUCAGAAAUUGAAGAGCUUUGUUCUGCUAGCAUUACUCCCAGUUACGAUUCUAAUGCCUGGAAUGUCCAUCUUGAUCGUACCAAUGGGAGGCCAGAGGUGCUGGAGUUUGAGAGUGAGGAAGUUGCAGAGUCAUUUGUGUCCUGUUUAGAUGGAUACUACCGCCUCAUCCACGACUUUUACUUCAGUUUAUGCAGUAAUAUGGAGCCACUGUCUUUACAGUCGCUCAGGCGAAUCAAAUCCUACGGACCUAUCGAGACCUCCAGUGCAAUAGAGAAACUAACCUUGAAGAUGGAUGACCAAGAAAGCUUUUAUCUGUGUAAGCAGGACAUCAACAGCUUUGACAAAUUCAUCCUCGCGUACCCACUUAGAGGUCAAAUCAUGACAGAAGUCGUACAACGAGAGAGUGGCGUCUUCUACUUGCUGCGAGACAAUGAGAAAUCAUUCCAGGAUCCCGGCCGACUAGUGCCUCACCUUUUACAGACAGAGCAUAACAACAUCCUGUCCAACAAUAUGAGGCGUCUGAAACCCAAUGUUGAAGCUUGUGGUGUGUUAAAGAGGUUGUUUAUGGAAGAGAAGGAAGCCAUUCUUGAUGAGGACAAGCAGCAGAAAGACGAGCGGAUGUUGUCACGGCAACCAGUUAUAAUCCCUGAAUCCCAUCUUAACAUAAAAAAGCUUAUUGGGAUAGGUAAAUUCACAGAGGUACAUGAAGGUACUUACAAGGAAAGUCAAUCUGUGGCCAUCAAGUGUCUCCGGACAAAAACCUCCCCUUACCAGCUGUAUAACUGCCUGGAGCCAUUUCUUUAUGCUCUGCGACAACACAUGAAAUUCUCUGAAGUACAGGAACCUAACUUUUUCGCUGGAGUUCUGGGGGUUUGUAUGACCAUGCCAAUGAAAAUUGUCAUGGACUACGCCAAGGAGGGAUCAUUGUCUCAUUUCUUCUCAAAUCGACGAACAGAUCAGCCAAUCUAUAUGCGCCAUCUUGUUUAUGCUGCGACACAAGUUGCCCAGGGGCUUUUUCAGCUGGAGGAAAAGAAUCUUCACCAUGGUAACAUCUGCUGCCAGAAUAUCCUGGUGUACCGUUACGACAUCAGUGAAAUCAUCGUGAAGAUAGGAGAUCCUGGUAUGAUACAAGUGUACGAAACUCCAUCCAUGGCCAACAACGAGAAAGUCAACAAGAAGAGGUUUCCGUGGAUUGCCCUAGAACUCUUUGCCAACAAUCCCAGCUGUGCCAACAUAAAAUCUGACAUAUUUGCUUUUGGCACAACAAUUUGGGAAAUGUUCGCUCUGGGAGACAACCCCAUUGACAAGCCACCAUUGUCAUCAAUGUCAUUUGAAAAACAAAUGAAGUUCUACCGAGAAUCCGAGAGCCAAUUACCCAUUAAUGAAGGACUGAGGGUAAUGUCUAAUGAUUCCAUCCAUAUCAAAAAGUGUAAGAUGGCCAUGUCAGACCUGAUCCAGAGAUGUAGAGUUCCCUCCCCUGAUGACCGCCCCACAGCCAAGGAGCUUGUGCGGGAUCUGAACACUUUAACUGCAUCGUAUGCUAAUGAAUACCAUGACUAUGAUCAAAUCAUGGAUGAAGAUUACCCAAUUUGGUCAGAUGCAGAAACUUCAGAAAUGUCACGUAACCUUGACAGCGAUGAAGAAGUCCCGGAUAUCCCACAAAGUUUUCCAACUCCGGAAUUUGAGGAGAUCAGACCCAGCAAUCAACAGUUCAAAUCCCAAAAAGACAUGACUGUGAUGCCCGUACCCGACUUGCAACAGAUAAGUCCAAGACAACCUGGUCCUGUCCCCUCUAGACCCUUCAAUGGCCCACCUCCUAAUAGACCUCUACCACAGCACCCUGCUAUGGAAAAUCCAGCCAUGAUCAGGAGAAGUCAACUAGAUAUCUCCUCAGUGACUAUUGGAGAGGGACAUUAUGGGAUGGUGAAGAAAGGCUGCCUGAAACGGUUCAAUGAUCACAAGCUUCCAAUAGCUGCAAAAUGUUUAAAAGGCAAUGAAUACGAAUCUGUCCUUCAGAGUCAGGAAUUCAAACGGGAAGCCACAAUGAUGGAAGCGCUCAAUCAUCCCAACAUUGUUCAUUUCUACGGCAUCUGUAACAAUAUGAUCAUUAUGGAGUAUGUUGACAAUGGUGCUAUGAGUGUAUUCCUGAGAGAACAGAGGAAGAGUAACAACUGUCUGUCUGCAAACAAAUUAAUGAAGAUUAUGUUGGACAUUGCAGAGGGAAUGAAAUACAUGUCAGGCCAGAGGAUCAUCCACUCUGAUCUCGCUGGGAGGAAUAUUUUAAUGACAAAAGAUCUGCAUGCAAAAAUCUCUGAUUUUGGACUAGCCAGAUACUUGAGUAAAGGGAAAGACUAUUACCGUCGAUCCAAGGAAAAGGAACUCCCAGCCUCUUGGUGCUCACCUGAGGGUCUGACGACAUUGAAAUUCACAACGGUUGGAGAUGUAUGGAGUUACGGUGUUGUUUUGUGGGAAGCAUUCACACAUGGAAAGCGGCCGAGCUACGGUAAGGAUUUAAGACAACUUGCCCAGCGACUUUUUGACGGAGAGAGACUUGAACGACCAAACGGAGAAGAGGGGUGUCCUGAUCAGGUAUGGGACCUGAUGAAAUGGUGCUGGAAGUACACACCAAAUGAGAGGCCAUCAUUCCAGGAAAUCGCAAAUGAAUGCAUUGAAAUUUUAAAAGAAAUACGACUGGACACUGAUAGUGAGGAGAUACAGCCCGAUCCCAAUUUACAACAACAAGAUGGAGUUCCUCCAAGCCGACUACCAACCCCUGUCGCCGGAGUAAUCCCCCCUGUCAUACCUGGAGUUAAUGCCCUGGAGACUACUCAAGUACCUGUGCCAGGAGGACAAGAUUCUGUGAUUGGCUCUAACAUCCGUACCAAUUUACCAUCUAAUAAUAUUCCACAUCAAAAUGGCAUAGUAAUUACCUCCCCUGAAUUAAACAGGAACACAAUACAGUGUUCACAAGGUGCCAGCUUACCUACUUCACCUAACUCACUUAGAACUAAUCUACACAACAGCCGAGUUCCUCUCAGUCCUGUGGGCCAACCAUUUGACAGAGAAUUACCAAGGAAACCUAGAGAUGAUUUCAGCUUUCUUCUUGUCAAGAAGGAACUGGAGGUCAAUAGGGCAGACAUGCUUGGACAAGGUGAAUUUGGCUUUGUGUACAAGGGACAGUACAGGCAGAAAGAGGUCGCUGUAAAGGUGAUAGAAGAAGGUCACCUUAACAAGUACAACGAGGAACUCUUUUGGGAGGAGGUUGAUGUGUUUGGAAGAGCUUGCCACCCUAACAUUGUCACAUUUCUUGGAUUUGUCAGAGAUACCCACAUGCUCGUAAUGGAGUUUGUGCCCAAGGGAUCUUUAUCCAUGUACUUAUCUAACUGUAGUAAAGGCGAAGCAACACUUUCUCUUCGUCAGAAUCUCGGAAUCAUGACUGACAUUGCCUCGGGAAUGCAGUAUCUUGUCCAGCAAAAUAUCAUUCAUUGUGAUUUAGCAGCCAGGAACAUCCUGUUAAUGGACAACAUGAUGGCUAAAAUCUCGGACUUCGGCCUCUCCAAAGCAUUGUCUAAAGAUAAGGACUAUUACUGCCGUGGCUCCCAAAAGAGGAUGCCAUGUUGGUGGUGUGCCCCGGAAGUGCUUCUCUAUCGACGCCUCACACACCAGAGUGAUGUGUGGAGUUACGGUAUUGUGACGUGGGAGAUCUUUACUCUAGGGGAAACCCCUAACAUCUGUGAGGUUGGUGGUAAGGACAUCAAGGAUCUCAUACACAUCGGCCUCAACCAUAUGGAGAAAGGGUUCCGCCUUAAGAAAGAGAAGACAAAAAAUUGUCCAGAUGAUGUUUAUGAAUUGAUGAUGAAAUGUUGGGCUUGGGAGGCCAGAGAUCGGCCACAAUUCUCCUUUAUAUAUCAAGAGUGUCUAUCAUUUCUGAAAAAGUAUGGAGAGACUAUUCAGCAGUAACAAGCAAUCAUCAUGUAAGUCGUCAUGUAAGUCGUCAUGUAAGUCAUCAUGGAAGUGUGGGACAGCUAGGUUGUCAUGGAACGAGGUUUAUGUGACCAGAUGGGCUGCAACACAAAAUAGUGGUUCAGAUGGAUGAACCUUAAAGUAAACGACAGGGAUGGAUUGCAACACAGCCAGUCCUCAAACAAUAUUCAGCAUGUCCAAAUCAAUGAUUCUAGCCUCACCUAUCCAAAAAGAGACAUCACAUUAUCUGAUAGGUUUUUUUUGUUGUUGUUGUUGUUUUUGGGGGGGGGGUUGCAGAUUUUUUCAGAAACAAGGGUUGUUAGAUAUGUAUUUUAAGAAA